AUGGUGAAAACGGGAGAAUUUUACGCCGGUUCUCGGCUACUGACACCACUUUCUGAAACCAUAGGUCUGCCCAUUGAUCAGGUGAAUUUUCUGGUGUGUCAACUAGUGGCCUUGAUCCUAGCCUUCCCAUUUCGAAUAGUUCUUUCACCUUCGACGACCAGUCUCACAGUUCGCCAUGUAGUCCAGAUUACUCUAGGCGUGAGCCUUACUUUGUUUUGUUUUGGAUAUCAAAUCUGGCAUUUGUUUAUGUUAUCGUUUGUAUCUUAUAUAUUGAUGAAAUAUGGCAGUAAGGACUGGAUGCACAAUGCUAUAUUUAUCUAUAAUAUGGUUUAUUUAUCUGUUACCCAUAUAUGGAGACAAAUAUACGAUUAUGGUGGAUAUACCUUAGAUAUUACUGGUCCUCUGAUGAUUAUGACACAGAAAAUGUCGAGUAUGGCCUUCAGUUUACACGACGGUUUAUAUAAAGACAACAAUAAACUAACACAAGAUCAAAAAUCACAAGCAAUCAGGAAAAUGCCUAGUCUGCUGUCGUUCUAUAGUUAUGUAUUUUAUUUCCAUGGUAUUAUGUGUGGUCCAUUAUGUUUUUUUGCUGAUUUUAUAUCGUUUAUGGAAGGGAGAAACUUCAUGGAGGCUAAAAUACCCUAUAUUGAAAACUCCACUAAUAAACAGCUUGUACUCUUGUCUUGUCUUGUCUUACUCUUUAUUUGUCUUGUCUUACUCUUGAUUUGUCUUUUGUUUUUAAUUUCAGCACAGUCGUUUUUUGAGAUGAGUUUUAUUCAGAAGACUGUGUAUUUAUUAAUAUGUUUAAUGUUAGCCAAACAAAAAUACUACUUCGCUUGGAAACUAGGUGAAGCAGUAAACAAUGCAGCAGGGUUAGGGUUUCAGGGAUUUGAUGAGAAGGGUCAGCCCAAGUGGGAUCUUGUCAACAAUGUAGAUAUAUGGAAUGUAGAGUUUUGUAAUAGUUUGAAGUUAAAUCUAGAUGCAUGGAAUAAAACUACCUUGGUGUGGUUGAGAAGAGUAGUAUAUGAUAGAGUACCCAAGUUAAAAGUGGUAGCGGUAUUUGUCUGUAGUGCCACGUGGCAUGGCUUCUACCCUGGGUAUUAUUUAACUUUUGCCACGGGGCUGUUACUGACUGUAGCAGCUAAAUUGGUACGACGUAAAAUUCGUCCAUUUUUUCUCACGUCACCUGUUCUCAAAUUUAUUUACGAUUGCUCAACGUUUAUUUUUACAAGAUUAGCUUUAAUGUGGCUGGCCACUCCUUUCAUAUUACUUGAAUUAAAGCCCGGCUUAACUGUAUAUAGCUCUCUAUAUUGGUGGUUACAUAUCUUGUCAAUGGUGGCAAUCGUAAUUCUAUCAUUUUAUCACCCGCAGAAACCCAAACCCGACUCGGACAAAAAAGCAGAAACGGACAAAAAAACGCAAUAA